AUAUAACAUAGAUGAACUUUGAAGUGUUGGAAGAGUACUCCUCAAGAAUAGAUAGCAUGUCCAGCUACUCUAAAGGAGGAGAAGACCAAUUUAUUUGCUUAGAGAAAGAUGGAGGGUUUACUACAGAUAUCCUCAACAUUUAUUUCUCCAUUGAUAAUAUCCCUGACAAGAAAUGGAUGAUCAAUAUUAAGCAAUAUAUCACGAUGACAGAUCUUUGUAUUGAGAUCACAAAGUAUUUGCAAGAUAAUUUUGAGGAAUAUUACGGGAUUAGCUCUUUAAAGGUUUCAAAUAUUAUUGAUGCUGAAAGUAACGCAAUUUUACCUUUGGAGGGGUCUGUAUCUGAAUAUCUUUGAGACAACUCAGAAAUAGUUUGACAUCUGGAAUCACUAGAUAUUUGGAUAAAUCUAGUUAUGCAGCUCAAAAAUGGGUACAAAGCAACUCAAGUUUGUGUGAAGAUGAAGUUAGAGAACCACAUUUCAAUCCUCCAAGUCAAGAACAUUUGUCAGAAGUUAGGAAUCAUAUUUUGGAACAAACUUUGAGAGGAAUAUAAUGACAGCCCAAUGAGUGACAGUCGAGAAGUAACUACUGAUCACAAGCAUGUUAUGAACUCUCUAAACUUUUAUUCUCAAAAUUCUCCAAAUAAGUUAAGCCUUAAGGAUGCAGACAAGAACAGAAAUGCCAUUAAAACACCCAAAAGUAUUGAUAAUAAUGGAAUUUUUGGCAAAAAUAUCCUUGAUUCAGUGGAAUUAGAGCACAGUUGCUCCAAAUAUCUUAACCUUCCAACAAUAGAGGAGGAAAGUAAAGGUGAAUUUGCUCUUCGUAUUCCUCAGACUCAAGAAGAUGAUUUUUCAAUAGAGCCAUUCAGGAAAGAAAAGCUGUUCGUCUUGGAAGAAUUUGAGUGCAAGAAGCUGGUCAGAACUCAAUGAAGAUACACCAUUACGACCCAUAACGAUAUGUUUGAAGAUCGCUUAGAAGACCUGAAAGCUUUUUCCUCCAGUACGAUUGAAGAGCUCAAAGAUGUUGAGAAUGACUCAGUAACAGAUGACCAAAUUUUAGUCAAACAGGUUUUAAAAUAAUAAUGAUACUAUCAAGUGAAUUGCUUCCUUCAAAUCUGUAGAAGAAGCUACUAAAGAGCAAGGUAUGAUAAAGAAAACAAGAGAAAGAAUGUUUUCUAGAGAUAAUGAUGACCUUUGAAAAAGUCCUGUAGUUUGCAACUCACCAGGAAGAACUAAGAGAAGAAGGAGAAAAUCAGAGUUAUGCGGUCUCGAAUGCAGUGAAAUUGGUAGAAGUAAGAGAAACAAGAGUUUCCAUUCAGAAAUUUCAAUUGAAGAAAAAGAACAGACAUGUGUAUAUGCAAACAUAAUAGUCAGAAAAGGAGCAAGAACCUUAUCCAAGAGCACUCCACACGAAUCUCACCAAUUUUGAACAAACAGAGACGGUGAGACAAUAAGUUCAGAUGAAUCAGAUUCAGAGUCAUCUCAUUUAUUAAAAGUAGAAGAGUCUCCCUCAAAACAAAACUUCUUCUCUAAGUUUGCUCUAAAACUUGGACUAAAAUAAAACGGAGCCUUCAAAGAAGAAGCAGCUGGAGAUUAAAGAUGACGUGCUUUCUAGAUAUGAACUUGAAAGAACGCCAAUGCCUUUGCUAAAGAACUUUAUCAUUCAGAACAUAGACUCUUCUUUUAUAUCAUCUGGAAAGAAGUUGCACAACGGAUCAAACUUCAUGGGAAAUAGAUCGUCGACACCGACAAGAACUUGAUGAAGAGAAUGAACCAUAUUUUAGCAUUUAUAUUUAGUUUCAAUCUCCUA